AUGGGUGUCGGUCUCGCAGAUGUACCGGUUUUGCCUCUGGAUGAAGCCUUCGCUCUAACUGCCGAAUUUAAAGCAGACGGAUGUGCGCAGAAAGUGAGUCUUGGAGCCGGAGUAUACAGAGACGAGCAGGGUGAUCCAUGGGUUCUUCCAAGCGUAAAAAAGGUACGUCAACAAAUUUCGCUCCAUCAGACGCCUAAUCUUGACCAUGAAUAUCUCCCAAUACAAGGAUCAGAACCCUUUCUCAAACUAGCGAGAGAUCUGAUACUCGGAGAAUCGUUAAGCCCCAAAGGCAACCUAACCUCCAUCCAGACUAUCUCCGGCACUGGCGCAAACCACGUUGGUGCGCAGUUUCUUGCUCGGCACCUUCACCCGAAACAUGUGUUUAUUUCGGACCCUACCUGGAGCAACCAUCAUCUGAUCUGGACGAUUGCGGCACCGAACGUGACCCGGAAGACUUAUCCGUAUUACAACGCGGCGGACCGGUCGCUAGACUUUGAGGGCUGGGUCGCAACUCUCGAACGCGAGGCUGUCGAGAACGACGUCGUGGUCCUCCAUGCAUGUGCUCACAAUCCUACCGGUCUAGAUCCAACUCAUGCGCAGUGGAAAUUCCUCGCAGAGCUCUUCAGACGGAAAAAGCUCUUUGCCUUCUUCGACUCUGCAUAUCAGGGUUUCGCCACGGGGGAUCUGGACCUGGAUGCCUGGGCGGUACGCCACUUCCAGGAGGUCCUGUUUGGACUGGAGGAGUGUCCCGACCAUGAAGAAGGGCCUUCAGGACUCUGCAUUGCGCAGUCCUUUGCGAAAAACUUCGGACUUUACGGAGAGCGCGUGGGCGCGUUCCAUCUCAGUCUGCCACCCUCGACGCCGACAUCAGGUGCAUACAGCCAGUUGUUGCAAUUGACGCGAGCAGAGAUAUCGAACCCGCCUUUAUUUGGAGCAAGGAUCGUGACAACAGUCUUGUCCAAUCUAGAAUUGAGGAGUCAGUGGGAGCAGGACCUUCUGGAAAUGGCUUCGCGGGUCAGAAAUGUGCGUGGUCUGUUGAGGAAAGAAAUUGAACAUCGACUGGGAAGUGGCAGCUGGAGUCACCUUGAGUCGCAGACUGGCAUGUUCAGCUACACAGGUUUAAGCGAGGCCCAGGUCCUUCGACUGAAGAACAUGCAUCAUGUGUAUUUGAUGCGGAAUGGACGGGCAAGCCUAAGCGGUGUGAAUGAAAGCAAUGUGAAAUAUAUUGCAGAGGCAGUCAGUGAAGUUGUCAGCAACGAACCCGAGUAG